UAAAUUUAUUAAUAUGACAGAGCCCAAAGCACAAUAUGACGAGUUGUAUAAAAGUAUAUUAUUCCAUUUUUCUUAGUUAUUUUGGUUGGGGAUUCAAGUGUGGGGAAGACUAGUUUUUUGAUUCGGUAGGAAUUUAAAUUCAAAUUAGAUUAACCAAAAAUGUUAUAAAAAAAUAAUCACAACCUACAAUAGGAGUUGAAUAUGCAGCCUAAUCCAUUUUGCUUGCAGAUGUGGACAAGAUAGUAAAAUCUGUGAUUUGGGAUACAGCUGGAGCUGAAAAAUACAAAGCCAUCACAACAGCCCAUUAUCGCAAAUCUGAGGGAGCUCUGUUGUUUUAUGACUUAUGCGACAAGAAUUCCUUUGAUAAUGUUUUGAGUUGGCGUUAAGAAGUAAUUUCUAUCUAUUAGUUCCAGAUCCUACAACAUACAGAUGAUAAGAUUAUGAUAAUGUUGAUAGGGAAUAAACUAGAUUUGUUGUAAGACAAUCCUCAAAAUCGAUGUGUGUCAGUCGAAGAAGUAGAACAAAUCUGUUAAUAAUACAACAUGUUAUAUAAUGAAACUUCAGCUAAAGAAGGAACACAAGUCAAAGAAUGCUUUGAAUAAUUAAUUAGAAGUAUGUGAAAACUGAUAAUUAGAAAUAUAUGAGUCCAAACAACAAAGUGUGGAGGAAGAAAUACCAGGUUAAAGAUAUGAAAUAGAUGAUAUUAAAUCUGAAAAGAAAACACAAGAAUUAGCACAACCGAAUAUUUUAGCUGUUCCAAUUAAAUAGAAUAAAGACACUACUGACACUUGCUGUGGAUCUUUUUGA